UAUUUUUUGUUUGCUACAACAGUCUCCUCCUCCUCUUCAUGACCCAUCGCCUCAAAACUCGCCUUACUCACUUCUUCCCGCUCUCUCUCAUCACCGAGUUUCUCUCUCUAAAAAUCCUCCCUCCCUUCCGUCAUUUCCUCUCCAAAACCCUAGAUUUCCUCCGCAUGGAUCCCUUCUUCUUCUCCUCCUCUGCCGAUAACGAUUUCAACAGCAACAACAACUCCCGUACACUCCACAGUUUAUCCGACCUCGAUGACGAGAAGCUCUUUCUCGUCGAUCACAGGUGGUGGAAUGCGGUGCGAGAGUCGGUGUUUACGGAAGUGGAAGGUGUGUUGUAUGCUGCAAGUUGUGGUUUCUCUGAUGAGUUUGAAUCGGAGAUUGUUGUGAAUAUGAGGAGUGGGAGUGGUGAUGGAGAUUGUGAUCAGGAAGAGCAAGGGGUGUCCGGGCGGGAGUAUGCGGUGGUUUCGGAAUGGAUGUUUUACCGGACGGUUAAAUGGCAUUAUGAUAUGAAGAAUGCUGAAAACGUAGUAGCCAUAGAAGAUAACAAGGCAGACUUGUUUUUUAUACAAGUCAGGCUUUCAUUUUCUGCGACAACAAAUUCAUUGGUUGUAAAGAUUAACGAAAAGGACAAUGAGGUUGGAGCUUUUAAUAAAUCCCGCCAGAUAUUUAGCAUCAACUCUGGCUUGUUGCGGAUAUGGGAUUUUUCAGGGCAAAUUACCAAGUUUUUACUACAGGGUAGAAUGUUACCCGAUAAUCAUGAACUAGUGAAUAAAGAGGUAUUUUUGGAGUUACAAGUGUAUGGUUUAUUUUAUGAUAUUAUGCGAAAAGAAAAUGAUAUGGCAAUUGAAGACUCAAACACCGAACUGAAGGUGAAUGGUCACUCUGACAAAGUCAAACCAUACAUCAGACGUGGUCAACCACCACUUGCUAGUAGCUUCAAUGAACAUUAUAGAUUGGGUUUUACCGGAUUAUACAAUCUCGGAAACACAUGCUAUAUGAACAGUGCAAUCCAAUGCUUGGCGCAUACCCCACAGCUUGUUGACUUUUUUCUCGGGGACUUCAGAAAAGAUCUAAACUUUGAAAACCCUUUGGGCAUGAAUGGUAAGCUUGCUUUAGCAUUUGGAGACUUGCUUCGGCAACUAUGGACACCCGACACUACAUCAGUGAGCCCACGCGCAUUCAAGUCAAGAGUAGCUGGUUUUGCUUCUCAGUUUGCUGGCUAUAAUCAGCAUGAUUCUCAAGAGUUUCUUGCUUUUUUACUGGAUGGACUUCAUGAAGAUUUGAACAGUGUUAAAAUCAAGCCGUAUAAUGAAAUAAAAGACGUUGAUGGAAUUUCAAACCAAGAAGUAGCAGAUGAACAUUGGAGAAACCAUUUAGCUCGCAAUGAUUCCAUAAUAGUUGACCUGUGCCAGGGGCAGUAUCGUUCAACUUUAAUAUGUCCUCUUUGCAAGAAGCAUUCUGUUACAUUUGAUCCUUUUUUAUAUCUAUCUCUACCUUUAUCUUCAACAACAAUGAGGGCUAUGACAUUAGCCAUGUUGACCACUGACGGGUCAAAUACGCCAACUCCAGUGACCAUCACUGUCCCAAAGUACGGGAUGGUUAAGGAUCUUAUUCAGGCUUUAAGCAUUACUUGUUCUUUAAGGGAUGAUGAGACUUUGCUUGUGGCUGAGAUAUUCAACAAUCGUAUUCUUCAUUUUUUGGAUAGACCAUAUGAUUCUUUAGAACUGAUUAGGGAUUAUGAUAAGUUAGCAGCUUAUAGGCUACCUAAGGAUCAAGAUUCACUACCAUUGGUUGUGUUUUCACAUUCCCAUUCUGAAGAGUCAAAUGAUGAUAAUGAUCAAGGGGGUCCACCUUUUAGAAGAUUUGGAAUACCUCUAUUAGCAAGGAUUCCCGAGGGCAGUGAUGGUUUUGAGUUACGUAACAAAUUUCUUCAAUUAAUUAAUCCACUUGUCAUGCGUGAAGAAUCUUCUUCAGAUUCUUUAGACGACGAAUCUGUAAACAAUGUCAAUCAAGACACUGAAAUGGAUGAUGUGGCGAUUGACGGUGUGUCAAGCAGUGAUGAAGUGAAGGGAAAAUCUUCUGUGGAUGAAAGCUUUCGUUUGUCGUUAGAAACAGAAGGGUUUUUUCCAGCAAGAUCCAGUAUUGUAAUGGAUGAACCAUUAUUGGUUCCGGAAAGUCGUAGAAUUUUUAUUCUUGUUUCGUGGUCCGAUGAAGCGAUGAAACAGUAUGAUACUAGUAUUUUAAAUCGGCUACAAGAAACAAGUGUGUUUCCGGUAGUUUCAAACAACUGGCCAGAAAUGGUUUCUUUAUCGAAAUGCCUAGAAGCUUUCUUGAGGGAAGAACCAUUGGGACCCGAAGACAUGUGGUACUGCCCUACAUGCAAGGAACACCGGCAAGCUAGCAAAAAGUUGGAUCUAUGGAGAUUGCCGGAGAUACUGGUUAUCCAUUUGAAGAGAUUUUCAUACAACCAGUUUCUCCAGGACAAGCUCGAGACUUUUGUUGACUUUCCCAUUGUUGACUUCGACUUUUCGAAUUAUACCAUUCACAAGGAUUCCCAGUCCUCUAUUCGCUACAAACUGUAUGCAGUUAGUAAUCACUACGGUGGCAUGGGCGGUGGCCACUACACUGCUUUUGCACAAUGUGGUGAGCAGUGGUAUGAGUUUAAUGAUAGCCAGGUUUUCCCCAUUAGUGAAGGCCAAAUCAAGACAUCUGCAGCAUAUGUGCUGUUUUACAAGAGAAUGUGAGGAGUUAUGGCCCAAUGGUAGAUUUCGGGGCGAUUUUAUUUAAAGAUUACAUUACAUCUGAUAGAAAUAGGAGGGUGGACUGUGCUGUAAAUGUGACUUGGUUUUUUUUUGCCAGCCACCGCCUCAGCUUCAGCUUCUUUUAGACGUCAUUUAUUGGUCUCUUUUAUCGAUACAGGGAGUAGUUGAUUGGUA